CUCCCUCCCCCCCUCCCCCCUCCCCUGCCCUUGGUUUUUCGCCCUUUCCCGGUGUCAGCAUCACUGCCAGCCCCAUCUCCCACACGUGCCCCUCUUGCCCUUGUUCCUUUUCUUCCCCGUCCUCCGUCCUCCGGUUCCCCCCUCCCCCUCCCCCGGAAGCCCGGCGCCCUAGACCGCCAGCAUGGGCAACCUCCUUUCCCUUCGUUCACGGACAGCGGAGCACGCCAAUCUCGUCCAGGCGGCCUCCUCCUCCGGCGCCCAGCUGAACCUCUUUCUGCGCCCACCGCCGCCCGAGAGCAGCGAUGCCAUGAACAUCUACUCGUGCACGUCCGAGGCGCUGGACAACUUCGCCGGGUCCCUCCUAGAUUGCCUGAAGAUCCGGGAAUUCUACCAUGCGCGAAACUCCAACAAGACCGGCGCCGUGAGCAUGAUCUCCUCCGACUCGGACGAGGAUUACCUGCGUCUGCUCAACAGCGCACGGGUUGUCUCGACUUCGGUGGUGGACGCCCGCUCGACGGCCGAUGGCAUCCUGUCGAUCCUGUCCUUCCUGUCAACCGGCCCGAACGACACCCCGGCCAUGCUGAAGGAAACCACGGCCGCAAACUUCGCCGCCCACCCGUCGCUUGUGCGCAUCCUGGCCGACCUGAUCGUCAGCUCGAUGAUCUUCGACUCGGUGAAGUUCGACACGCCCCAGCUCCUGAACGAUAUGCCGCUCUUCCGCCGGACUCGUGUCAGCCGCCAGAAGAACCCCAACGCCACGCCAAUCGACGACCGUAUCCCCGGCGACGACCAGAUUGGCCUGGUGUCGCUCUUCCUCGGCUCGCCGGUGCCCUGCCUGCACCUGAUCCAGCGGACCCUGGUGGAGGGUGCCGGUGCCAAUGUGCACGGCCUGCUGACGGCCCUCUCGUUACUGGCGGUCAUCUGCCAGCUGUACCUCAUGGAGGAGGACCGGCCGCGGUCCGUGGAUUCCGAUGACCCGAAUGCCACCUGGCUGCCGGUGGACCACUCGGAGCUGGGCAAGCUGAUCGGACACUCGGCCGCGCCGGACCACUAUGCCCUGCGGCUGCUGGUCGGCUCGGUGCUCAUCUAUGACCAUGUGGCUGGCGAGAGCGCCGCUCUGGCCGGCGGCGCCUUCGACAACAGCUCCGGAGUAUCGAUGCGCAAUGUCAUUCGCCUGGUGCAGCAGCGUGCCCCCACCUCCGAGGUGGCGAACGCCACCCCGGGGCUGCCGCCGCUCACGGUCGACUCGCUGUUGGCCUCGCUACGGUAUUUCUCCCGGAAUUCGGCCCACUCGCCGAGCAUCCUCCGGCUCUUCCCGGAGUAGGGCCCCUGCCGCUGUCCCCCCUUUUUUUCGCACGCAAAAAAGGGGGAUGUGGCCCAGUUGGCCGCGGCGCUACGCCCGACGGCCCGGCGCCGCCUCCUUCCUCCUCCGUUUCAUUUUCUCGCCUUCCUCCUUGUUGGUCUGUGGUGCUUUCCCCUCCCCCUCCCUCCUUUUCUCUUCCUCCCCUCCCCCUUGCUCCCAUGUAUGCGUGUGUGUGUGUGUGUAUGCGCG